UUUAUUCUAUAUCGAGUAUAAUAUAAAUUCAAUUUUUAUUUUCAGCCAAAAUGGAGAAUAUUUGUGUUCACAAGCAGGGGAACCCGAUAAUACUCUAACAAUUUGGGAUUGGAAAAAAUCGAAAAUAAUUUUGAGGACAAAGUCUCACAAUCAGGAUGUAUACGUUUGUAGAUUUUCGAACUUUAUACCCGACCAUUUGGUAACUGCGGGGUCGGGACACUUAAAAUUUUGGAAAAUGGCAAAAACAUUUACCGGAUUAAAGCUUCAAGGUCAGCUUGGACGCUUUGGCAAAACAGAAAUAUCAAACGUUAUAGGCAUUUUUUCGAUGCCCGAUGAAAAAGUAAUAUCGGGCUGCGAUUGGGGUAAUAUUUUGGUGUGGGAUGAAGAACUCAUCGACGUCGAAGUGACUAGAAAGUUUCGAAAACCGUGUCAUUCAGCGCCGAUCAUCAUGUUUUUGUACUCCGAAAAUGACGCUCUGUUGACGAGCAUCAGUAUGGACGGUACGAUAAAAUUCUGGUACUAUCGUACAGUGGAUACUGCGGACCCACCGGAAAACGAUCGUGUACUGGAAAUGGAACCGUCGUUUACGAUCAGUGUCCACGAUUCUGUGGGUAACGCGAAAAUCAUGGGCAUGUGCAAGAUUGACGACAGUGACGACGAAUCGAAUGACUAUUUCAUUCAGGACGGUAACGGGGGAAUGUGGCUCGCUGACAUCGUAAUGGCCGCAGACGCAAAACCACUUAGACGGCUAGCCAAGUUCCACGGUAGUGAAAUAACUUCUUUGCAAUCAUCGCCCGUCGGUUAUUAUAUCGCUACCACUUCGUUGGACGGUUGGCUCCACGUACAUGAUGUUCUUAACAAAAAGUUGGUAUUCACUCACGAUUUCAAAGUGCCAAUCACUUCGUCAAUUUGGUUACCGCUGAAGCCCGGCAACUAUGACCAUUACCUAGCUGUUUGUAAAGGAUUAUGA